AUGAGUCACACUUUAGCAAGAAAAUUCGAUAAACUUGUGUCGAAAUUAUCGAAUAAACAUAAAGAUGUGAAACAACACAUCAGCGAUCCCAUUGAUUAUCAUUAUUACCAAGAAGAUCCUGUUAAUAAUGGCGAAACACAACCACAAGAAUCGAUUCUACAACGAAUGAAACUUCACCUAGGUCAUAUCAACAAAUCCGAGCAUUCGCAACAUCCUGAAGGUGUACCACCGAACCAUGUUAUCGUCGAAGAUUUAAAGAAUUCACCAUUCAAAGAGUGGAAUCAAAACUCCAAGAAGAAAACAUCGCUUUUGUUCACAUUCUCCUAUUCAAUGUCGAAUAAUUCUCGUUUUCGUACUUAUAUCACAAUUGAUCGCCCAUUUGGUGACUAUUACAGGCGGUUAAAUCAAACCACGCGUACUCAUCUUCUUCUUACGCAUGCACCAAUGGGUAACGGUCCGUCUUCAUCGUCGUCGUCGAAUAAUACAAGUUCGUCAGCACUCGGAGGUAUUCCGAGUGAAUUGUAUAAACAAGCACGUGAAGAAUUCGAUAGUCGCUAUGCAGUUCCAGCAACAUUUACAUUAGUUUACCGCGAUUUUCAAAUCCUUCGGCCACUCGGACGUGGCGCGUUUGGUUCAGUAAAAGAAGUUAAAUGUAUCCGUGAUCCAUUGCCUGAUUACCUUCAAUCGAGCGAUAAUUCAUUGAAAUCUCAUCGAACUGCAUUGAAAAUUAUUAAUAAGAAAAGUGCACAUAAAAUGAAACAAGAAGAUCACGUUGUCAAUGAAAAACGCAUCUUACAAUCUCUCAAUUUCCCGUUCAUCAUCCGAUUUUACUUCUCGUUUAAAGAUAAUGCGAAUCUUUACAUUGGUUUGGAAUUAAUCGAAGGUGGAGAACUCUUUCGACACUUACGCGAUUGUGAAAAAUUCGAUGAGAAAAAAGCAAAAUUCUAUGCAUCUCAAAUCAUUCUAGCUUUAGAAUAUCUUCAUUUGUUAGGAAUUAUUUAUCGUGAUCUUAAACCUGAAAAUUUGCUCAUCGAUCGACAUGGUUAUAUCAAAAUGUGUGAUUUUGGUGAGACUGUGGACUCUUGUUCGGAUCUCAAACAAUUCUUUCGAAUAAUUUUAGGAUUUGCCAAAAAAAUCGAUCGAGGUAAAGCGUAUACACUCUGUGGUACACCUGAAUUUCUCGCACCGGAAAUCAUUCUCGGUCGUGGUUACAACAUGGGAGUCGAUUAUUGGGCGUUGGGUGUGUUGAUAUUCGAAAUGAAUGCCGGUUAUUCUCCAUUCUGGGAUGCUGAUCAACAAAAGAUUUAUCAUAAGAUUAUCAACGCAAAAUUUCGACCACGUUCUGCCUUUUCUGAUAAUUUGAUUGAUGUUAUUCGUGGUUUACUACAGAAAGAUUUAACCAAACGACUCGGUAUGAUGUUCAAUGGUGUUAAUGAUAUUAAAAAACAUCCGUGGUUUCGUGAUAUUGACUGGUUACAGAUCUUCUUGAAAAAAGUUCGCGCACCAUGGAUUCCUGACGUACGUGCGAAUAACUUUCCAGACGCUGAAGAUGAAGAACCAGCUCGUUCAUCGGUUAAUCUAUAUGAAAAAGAAUUUUCUGAUUUUUAA